AUGGUCGACAGAUGUUUUGCUGUCGAAAAGCUUGUCUCGAAUAUAGAUAGCGAAAUCGCUAGACAUUUCCUAAAAGAUAAAAAUUUUAAUUUUUCUAAAAAUAUGUUAGAAAAAAAGUUUGCUGACAUUGACAAGAAAUUUGAGAAUGUUUUAAAUAAGAACAAGAGGAAGUUGGAAAAUGCUCAGAUAAAACCCAUACAUGACAAGUUCUUAUUUGCUCAGAAUGGUAUAACAGGUCUAAUUGCACCACCUGGGUCGGGUAAGACUUUCACUUAUCUUAAAAUGGCUGCACAACAACAAGAACUAGAUGAGAAGAACCCAUUCUAUGAGUUAGUAGUCAUUUGUAGUACUUCUGGUCAAUUUGACCAAACCGUCAAUUCGUUCAAAGAUAUUAUAAAAAAGUCUAAGUUAGUAUGUAUAAAAGACUCUGAGUUGUUAGAUUGGAUAAAGAAGUACCAAAGAAGAGUUUUGAAGUACAAUGCUAUAAAUGAGUAUGUCAAUUCUAAGUUUAAAGACCCAAAUGAGGAAAUGCAGAGAAUAUUAGAGAAGAAACACUUCAGAAACAAACAGAAAGAGAUAGAAUACAUUUCGAAGAAAUUGCAAUCUUACGAUUGGAAGACUUACCCUCACAGAUGUCUUCUUAUCUUAG